AUGGCGGAAUCUUUGAAUCGUCAGUUAAUAGCGAGAGAGAUUCUUGUGAGUGAAAGCCACGAAGAACUAGCGAUGAUCGUCGAUAAUCUCUUUAAGCGUAAAGACUCCGAAGAAUAUAAAACAUCGCGAGCUUUGUACGAUUACUGCGUCUCUUGUAACCUAGGUUGCUUAACCCUAAAGCUUCUUAAGCUCUAUCAGUCUUCUUCUAAUGGCAUUCUCAGAUUCCGAUCACUCUAUCAACUCUCCCAAACUCUCACCGGUUUGAGAAAUCGCAAACUCUCUCUCGACUCUCUCUAUGAAAUCAAAACCCUUUUGAUUGCAUUCUUGACAAUGCAAGAAAUAAAAGAAUCUGAAAUCAAGAUCCUUAGAAAGAUCGUGUCUUGUGUAGCUUACAAUGUUGUGGAGUUGCAUAAAGACAAAUGGGACGAACUCGGUGAUUGUAUCUUAUCGCUAGCGAGUAGCGAAGAACCUGUCAAGGCGUUUCACGUCUUCAUAGAUAUGCCACCUGGCUACGAGGAACUCAUCAAGAAGUUUCUGACGAUUAUUUUAGAGAAAGCUAAGGAGGUUUUGCUUAAUCCUGAGGAAAGUGGAGUUGAAGAAUGGAGCUUGGCUUUACAAACUGUUGUUAAAUUAGGGAUUCAGUUUUUCAAUACAGGAAUGAAACAAGACGUGAUAAAGAAGAUAUUGAGAUUUCAGCUUGUGAAUAUUGUGGAAUCAGCUAAGAAGCUAGUGGACAAUGGAAACGAAAUGUUUUUGGUACGAGUGCUUCAAGAUUUCGAAAGGUUCGUGUCAAGAGACAUGAAUCUGUAUAAGUACAGUGAAGUACAAUGCCGUUUUGUGUCGACGUUCGUGAGCCAGAUCGGAAAACUCAGUGAAGUUGGAACACAAACCAAUGAGCUUGUGACGAAGAUCAACAUGUUGUUUACAAAACAACAACCUCACGAAACUCAAGAUCAUGGAGAAGAAUUUGAUCGUGCCUGGUAUGACCAUUUAAAGUAUUUAUCAUCACUUGAACUUUUGAAAAUCUUUGCGUCAACUGAUCUUGAAGAUAGGACCAGAGAGAUAGCUAUUAGACGACUUGAAGUUGUACUCUCUCGUCACAUUUCAAAGAAGGCGAAAAUAGACAUUUCAGAGAUGAGACAACUCCAGCCAUUGUUCAUGUCUUGCUUAAAGGAACAAGGAGUUUCAUACUCUAUGUUUCAAGUCCUAGGUCAGGUGGUGAACCAUGUUGCCUAUGAGAUGUUGGUCUACCAAGGGGAGAGAUGCUAUGAGCUACGAGAUUAUAUUGCAUCGAGUAAAACAGAGUUUCAGAGAGCAGUUUAUAUCUUCCAGUGCUUAACAAUGCCGCUUGUUGAUGACGAUUUUGUGAUUCCUGUUAUGGAGAAACUGUUCCCAGAGAUAAUCACAAGGUUAGACCCACCAACAGUGUUGUUGGUAGAUAACGGUUGCUGGGUCUUGGUGUUUAGGGGUGCUUUCUGUGCAGCAAUUCACUUGAUAGAGGACCCAGGUUAUGCUAAGUAUGUUAAGGAGAUUGCACAUAAGAUGAUAGAUUCUAUAAGAGAGCUUGUGGAAAGAGAAAUGGAAGUUGGGAUUGUUAGGAGAGCUUUCAGAGAUAUGGAAAGUAUUGUCAAGAAACAAUUGGAAUGGUACAGUACGAGCCAAUACAAAUUCGUUAAGGGUCUGCUUUGGAGACUCUAUGUAAUCAAAGGCAUGAAAUGGGGAAGUAAGAUUGUGUUGUGGAGAAUCAAUGUGAUUGUGGAGAGAGGAGUGAAAGAAAUGGAGAAAGAGCUGCCAGAGAAUGAGUUUGAUUGGCUCAACCUUACUUACUGA